AUGGGGGCGGGGAUCUCGCGCACCAAGAACAAGCCCAGCAGACACCAGCACCAGCCAGGCCGGCUGCUGCCUUCGCCCGCAGCCCAGGGGCCCAGCAAGCACCCCUCGGGGGCCCCGGGGGCCCCGGGGGGCCCCCUGGGGGCCCCCCUCAGCACUUCGCCCGAACGCUGCGUCACUCUCUACCACCGCGAACAAGACAAAGACAAAGACAAAGACAAAGACAAAGACAAGGAGGCCCUCCCGGGGCGCCUGCGGACCCUCAGGGCCCCGGGGGCCCCGGGGGCCCCCGGGGGCCCCCCUGCGCGGCGGGUGCGGGGGAACUUGGCGCGGCCCCACACGCAGACGAAGUCCCGCAGCAUCGAGGACUCGGGGGCCCCCCCUGCUGCUGCUGCUGCUGCUCCCGCUGCUGCUGCUGCUGCUGCAGCAGCAGCAGAAGGCGGCUCGGACUUCAGCAUAAACAGGUCCAACUUCAUCCUGGAAAACGCAGGAAAGAUCCAAAGUCUCUACGACAUCGACCCCACAACUCUGGGAUCGGGAACGUACGGGAGCGUCUCCAGGGCCAUUCGCAGAUCCACGGGAAUGCAAAGAGCGGUGAAGACCAUCAGCAAAGCCCAAGUCCGCAGCAUCGAGCGCUUUCGCAGGGAAAUCGACAUCAUGAAGAGCCUCGUGAGUCCCUGCUGCUGCUGCAGCAGCAGCAGCAGCAGCAGCAGCAGCAGCGGGGGGGGCGGGGGCGGGAGCUGCUGCCUGGAAGCAGCGCGGCGGCAGCAAGCGCUCCGGCUGCUGCUGCUGCUGCUGCUGGGAACACUCGGCUACAAGCAGCAGCAGCAGCAGCAGCAGCAGCAGCAGCAGCAGCAGCAGCAGCAGCAGCAGCAGCAGCAGCAGCAGCUGGUGCUGCUGCUGCUGCUGCUGCUGGGAACAGUUGCUGCGGCGGAGUGGAGGGUGGAGCGUGGGCUGUGUUUGGGGUGUACGUACAGAUCAUCCAAAUGUGGUGAAACUCUUUGA